UUAAUUCUCCUUUUCUUUGCAUAUGGACGAGGAUACGCCACUGCCGAUGCCAACGGUGUCUUCGACGAGGUGAUGCGUAUUAUGAACGGCGGAUUUAAAUACACAAACGUCCCGGACGCUGAGGAAUACGACUUCAUCGUCGUCGGAGCCGGUUCGGCAGGUUCCGUUAUUGCAAAUCGCUUAACGGAGGUACCCCACUGGAAAGUGCUUCUUCUGGAAGCGGGCCGACGCGAAACCACAUUCUCGAAGACCCCGUUCUUGGCGCCCCUUCUACAAUUCACCGACUACAAUUGGAGAUACACAACGGAGCCCACGGAAAAAGCUUGCCUGGGUCUGUUAAACGGAAGAUGUCCGUGGCCCAGGGGAAAGGCGCUGGGAGGAACGAGCGCCAUCAACUACAUGAUGUACGUUCGAGGAAAUCCGAACGACUACGAUCGUUGGCACAGUUUGGGCAAGCCCGGAUGGUCGUACGACGACGUUUUACCUUAUUUUCUAAAAUCGGAAGACGCGCCAACCUGGCCAACGCCGAUCCCAAAUAUCACCGGUCAGGUGGUUAUCUGCGAGUAAGUAAUACGGAAGUCUCGGAAUUGGCCGAGGUGUUCUUCGCGGCGGGGCGCGAGCUGGGGUACGAAAAAAUCGACCCGAACACGCGCGAGCAAAUUGGCUUCUGCGAAGUAUA